UGUUGUUAAUUUUAGGAAUGGAAUAUGUUUGAUCAAUCCCUCCAACGCAGUUGCCGCUAAAAAUACACAUUAGCAAGCCGGGGCAGCGACUGAAAGACCGCAGUUUAAACAUCCCACCCGAACAUCUCAUUUUUGUCAUCAGCAGUGUUGUUCAUUUUCUUAUUAUAGCUUUUUAAUAGAACACGCAUGUCUAGCAGCAUGUCUGACUCGGAAGACAUCAGCGAGUUUGGCUCAAUAGUGGAAAGAAUAACAAAGGGCGAGGUGCCAAUGAAAAAUAUCGAGAGGGAGCUUAUCUGCCCAGUCUGCAAGGAACUCUUCACGCACCCCCUCAUCCUGCCCUGCCAGCACAGCGUCUGCCACAAGUGCGUUAAGGAGUUGCUUCUUCUAGGACACGAGGACUCUUUCACAGAUGCGGGAUCCGAAUCGUCCACGCCUGGUAGCCCCCGUUCCCGGGGUGCUUCUCCCAGCACUGAACGACUCGAUCGGCUGCUUCGAUCAGCUUCACUAAGACGGUCAUUUGGAAGGAAAGGGUCCGGCACCCCUUCUGGUUGGAAAAGGAACUCCCUGACACCACGAAUUACCACAUUUCCUUGUCCAGGAUGCCAGCAUGAUAUUGACCUUGGAGAGCGUGGCAUCAGUGGCUUGUUCCGCAAUUUCACUUUGGAAACAAUUGUAGAGAGAUAUAGACAAGCUGCAAGGGCUGCUGUCGCUAUCAUGUGCAAUCUAUGCAAGCCUCCUAUCCAGGAGGCAACCAAGAGUUGCUUGGACUGUAAGGCAAGCUACUGCAAUGAAUGCUUUAAGGUGCACCAUCCAUGGGGAACCCCAAAAGCUCAGCAUGAGUAUGUGGGGCCAACCACCAAUUUCAGACCAAAGGUUCUAAUGUGUCCAGAGCAUGAAAUGGAAAAAGUCAACAUGUACUGUGAAGUUUGCAGGAGGCCUGUUUGUCAUCUUUGCAAGCUUGGUGGCUCCCAUGCCAACCAUAAGGUUACCUCUAUGAGUAGUGCCUAUAAAAUCCUGAAGGAGAAGCUAUCCAAGAGUAUCCAUUACCUUAUCAGUAAAGAAGACCAAGUCAAGAAACAGAUAUCAGACCUAAAUGUUUUGAUUAAUGAGACCAAGGAAAAUGGAGAUAAAGCUACACAAGAAGCAAAUCAACACUUUGAAAAGUUAUUCAAUAUUCUUGAAGAAAGAAAAACAGAAAUGUUAAGAUCAAUUGAAGAGACUAAAAAAUCUCGCCUGGAGAACUUGCAGAGUCAGAUGGAUGAGUACAUGGGCAUGCUAGAAAACAGUGGAUUGGUAGGCUAUGCCCAAGAGGUCUUGAAAGAAACGGAUCAAUCCUGUUUUGUCCAAACUGCAAAACAGCUGCACACAAGAAUACAAAAAGCCACAGAGUCUUUGAAGACAUUCCAUCCUGCUGCAGAUUCAUCUUUUGAUGAGUUUUCCCUUAAUAUUUCCAAGGAGGAGGAUCUCUUGAGAGAGCUGAGCUUUGAUGGUGUCCCUAGUGUGCCAGUUAUUGAUCAGUCUCAGAGCCGGGUCUACAAUGAAGGACUGAUUUGCUGGUUGCCUUGUGAAGAUAUGUCUCCUACUGAUCACUACAUCCUGGAAUACAAAAAACUUGAUGCAGAAGCUGAAACGUUCUGGCAGACAACUGACAAAGUGUAUGGAAACAGUAAAGUCGUCUGUGACCUUGAUCCAAACAGCAUGUACUCCUUUAGAGUGAAAAGCUGCCGAAAAUCUGUCUAUGGACCUUAUAGCCAAGAAGUGGUUUUUCACACUCCACCUGCACCAGUUUUUAGUUUUCUCUUUGAUGAGAAAUGUGGUUUUAAUCCUGAACGUCUUCUAUUGAGCAAGAACCGAGAGUCUGUGGAGAGUGUGGCUGGCCUUACCUUGUUACUGGGUGCAGAGAGAAUCCAAAUGGGAAGCUACAUCUGCCUGGACUACAUUAUUGGGGAUACUGGCAUUACCAGAGGAAAACACUUUUGGUCCUUCCAUGUGGAACCUCACUCUUACUUGAUAAAAGUGGGCGUUGCAUCAGACACUAAACUUCAGGAGUGGUUUCAUCAUCCCCGGGACACCAGCAGCCCCAGGUACGACCAUGAUAGUGGUCACGACAGCGGUAGUGAGGAAAGCUGCUAUGAUCCCUCUCAGCCUUUCACACUUAUCACUCUUGGAAUGGGCAAAUUAAUCAUCCCGAAAGGAUCAUCGACUCCCACAGACUACAACAACCGUGUUCUGCCCAUGCCGUAUCAUAUUGGCAUCUGUUUAGAUUAUGAAAAGGGGAAGGUUUACUUCUACGAUGCAGAAAACAUGGUGUGCCUAUAUGAGAGACAAGUGGAUUGCACUGGCACUAUGUAUCCAGCUUUUGGCCUUAUGGGUAGUGGUAAAGUACAUAUAAAUGAGUUUAUCACUACCAAGUGCUUGGUUUAUUCAGAAUAAUCCAUGUAAAUGACAGUCUUUUUACAAGUUUACAUGUAAAAUAAUGAGCAUUAUCACACUACAGCCAGGGAAAAAAAACUAUUUUUUUUAGCCUAAUUAACUUGUAGGUUUUGAAUGCUCCUUUGUAUAGUAAGUAAAACCUUUUGGUUAGCUUUAUAUCAGUUUUACCUCAAAGGAUGGAAACAUAAAUCUAACAUGGUUUUUCUUCCUUUUAACACUACAUUAGUAAAGCAAAUACCAUUUGAACAUAUGAUGUUAAAGAGUUUUAGGCAAUAUGCCUUUUAAUAAUGCUGUAAAUAUUUUUGCAAAAAAACAUAUCUGUUUCACAAACAUAAAAUGAAAUAGAAAAUAUAUAUAUUAUGGAUGUGAUAUCAAAUGCAUGUUUGAAAAUUCUCCUAUACCACAACUAUAAAUGAUUUGGUGGAUUUGAUCUAAACUGACUUUAAAGCUUGGAUAUUUCAAUUAGGCCAUAAACGUUUCCUCUGAUAGACUUUAAGUGUGUGCAUGCGCGUAUGUGUGUGUGUGUGUGUGUGUGUGUGUGUGUGUGUGCGCACGUGUGUGUGUGCGCGUGCGCAUAUGUGUUUAUGUGUAUGUAUGGAUGUGUGUGUGUAUAUAUAAUAUGCUUUUUUUGACUAGAGGUCAGUUGAUCAAACUUGACACAAAAGAUUUCCUCACGAUUUAUUAACUGAAAUCUUGCUUUAUAAACAACCCAAAUGUAUACACUUGUUGUUUCUUUGCGUUACAGUGAAAUUUAUUUGUGAUUAACACUAAAUAGUUGCAUACCAACUUUAUUUUAAGCACAACUAGAAAUGCUUCACAAUAUUUUUACAAUUAGUAUGAACUUUUAUUUUGUCCCUGAAAUUGAAUGCACUCUGUUCAUAUUGAGGAGAAAUUAUUGUUUUUGGAAAUGUUUUGCACUUACAUAUUUUUUCAUGUUUUUAAUAUAUGGUGGUGGUUCUUUAAAUGGCAUAACAGUUAAUAAAUCAGUGAGGAGCUUUUAAGCUGUGCAAGUUGUAAAAUUAAAAUAUAAUUUAUUAAGUAUAGACCUCUAAAAUGAAUUCUUUGAUUUGGGUAUAUACCACUUUAUACUAAUGUACUGUAAUGUAAGAUUUUUUUUUUUUAAUCUAGCAGGCAAAUAUUAAAAUGAGAUUUUUAGAAUAUUACUGGAAAAAUUCCAACUUGUUACUAUCACAUAACUAGAAUGUAAAGUGAAUCUGAAAAUCUAUUCAUGUAUGUUUUUCUGGGUUUUAAUUCAUUUAAAUCUGUCCAUAAUUUUGUGUUUGUUUGCAUAUUCUGGUUUCAUUCUAAGAGAGCUUGUUUUAUUUUACUUUAGUUUCUAACAAAAAUCAUUGGGCUAAACGCUUGUUUGUGUUUUCAGUAAAGAUUUUAAUGGUAUGUAACAUAAUGCCUUCUGAAUACCUAACAUUAAAAGAAGACCAGUAAUGUUGGCUAUGUGAGAAUAAUGCUGUGUUAAUGGGCUAGAAGUUGCAAGUAGUUUUUGAAAGAUAUUGUCUCGUCCACUUUAUUUAUUUUAACCUCCCUUCCCCCUACUGGUGCUUCACUGCGGCAGAGCGGCCACACUGCUUCUACCUCUUCUUUGUCCUCUAAACUUUGUAUAUGGGUUUGUUUUUUUGUAUUUAUUAAAUGCAUUAGAUUUAUUUUGGUUGAAAUCUUUCUGGAGCUCAUAAUGUUAGCUGGUUUAACAGUACUUGAGCAAUGGGACCAAAUGUAUGGUACUUCAUUGAGAAACUAGGAUUUAAUUUCUUUAAGGUUACCUCAGGUUUCAUUGUUUCUUUUCUACUAUUUUAAACGUCUGUGAACUUUUAAGUGUUUCGGUAUUGGUUAGGGAAUUUUGCUGGGCACGAGCUUAUAACCCAGUUUAAUGGUGUACAGUGGUUAUGUUGCUUGUUUUAUACUUUUGGUCUUUUUUUUUUUCUUGAAUAUUUUGUUUGGUUUAGUCCUGGAACGGCAAAAAACAUUACCAAUAACUCUACGAUCCUGAGUGCACCUCUUAAUAGGUUUAAAUGAUUAGUUGGUGUAGUACUUUGGCCCAUAUUACAAGCUCAGCAGUUCUACACCUUUCCUCUGCUUUAUAAUAGAGAAGGUUCUAUUAUUAAGCAGUUUAUUCACAUUGUACAGUUGAUCAAAGCCUUUGUCCCACCCCCACUCCCCCCCCCCACCACCACACACACUUUAAACGUAUCACAAUUUAAUGUACUGCAUCUUUUCUUGGAUGCAAAAAAAUGACUCAAGGGAAGUUGUAUCUUGUAAAAUUUACCAAAUAGUUUUAAGGAUUUUAAUGCAAUUUAUCAUUAAGCUAGCACUUUAUAGCAUGUAGCCUGGCUAAAUGUUGUGCACGCAUGCGUGAUAUGUUUGUCAAAUACAGCUGUGACUUUUAUUUUUCUUAUCUGCUGUUUUUAUGCACCACAAUAAUAUGAAAAGAAUUUGUGUACAUUUUUUGUAUAUAUACGUUUUUCUUUUUUUGUUUGCGUACGUGCAUAUUUUUGUUUCUCUUGUUUUCCUCUCUCCCAAAGCUUAUAAGAUGCCUUUCCAUAAAACAGAAGUGACCUGUUCUCUCUUAAAAAAAAGUGUAAACUCAUAAUUUCAUAUUUUUUAUAUAUAAUUAGAAUAUCUUAUUAAAAGAAAUACUUAAUG